AUGGUUUUAACAGAUGUUCAGUUCAGGGAACUUUUAGGUGGCCCAGCCAUGAGGCAAGAUGUAAAGUCCACAUUUAGCAAUUGCACAGCACGCUUUAAUGGUGGUCGCAAUUCUAAAAAAAUCGAAGAUUUUUUAGCUACAAUACUGGUGUACAAAGAAGCAGAGAAUAUUUCAGACUCAUAUGCCCUAACUAGUCUCCCACUAAUUUUAGAAGGCUACGCCUCUACAUGGUGGCAAGGAGUAAAACAUGAGGCCAAAACCUUUGAAGAUGCAAUUGAGCUGUUAAGAAAAGCCUUUGCGCCACCAAAACCAGAUUGGCGUAUUUUUAAUGAAAUUUUUCAAGAGAAACAGAAAAUAUUUGAAUCUACUGACAGCUUUGUGUGUAGAAAAAGAAGACUGUUUGCUCAAUUAUCUGAAAAACUAUCAGAAAAAGCAAUGCUCAACAUGAUAUUUGGUCAACUUAAUAUUCAAUUAAGAGAAAAGAUAUCUCGAGAUAGUGUAUCUAACUUCCAAGAGUUUUUAAAUAAAGCCAGAGAAGUAGAACAAAUAGUUUCAGAAAAUAAACAGGAAAGAGUAGAGAAGGGAAACCUCUUGAAAAUCCGAAAAUCUCAGUUUUAA